ACAAACCGCAAACACUUCUCUUCUCACACUCUCUUUCUCUCUUAAAAAACGAAAAAGAAAACAAACACUUUUCCAGUUUCUCAACUUCAAUUCACUAAACAAUAAACAUGACUCGCAUGCUAAGAAUCCUCCAAUCCGCCACCGCCAACAACGCCACCACCACCACCGCCAUAGCUGCUGCCGUACCGCCGGCCGAGGCAGCCUCAGUCGAGUCCGACUUCGUCGUCAUCCUCGCUGCGCUGCUCUGCGCACUCAUCUGCGUCGUCGGCCUCAUCGCCGUCGCACGAUGCGCCUGGCUCCGCCGCGUCCCCGUCGCAGGCACCGGAGCAUCUCCACAUCAGGCACUCGCCAACCGUGGACUCAAGAAGAAGGUACUCAACUCGUUACCGAAAUUCACCUACGUCGACGGCGACGCCGCCGGUGCCGGUAACGGUGCUGACGCCGGCGUCCGGAGGAAGUGGACAGCCUCAUCGGAAUGCUCAAUUUGUCUGGCGGAAUUCGCCGCCGGCGACGAGGUCAGGGUGCUUCCGCAGUGCGGCCAUGGCUUCCACGUGGCAUGUAUUGACACGUGGCUGGGAUCACACUCCUCCUGCCCGUCCUGCCGCGCCGUCCUGGCCGUUGGGAGAUGCCAAAAAUGCGGCCAGUUUCCGGCUGUUCCAAACGGCGCUACCGUAGUAGCAAUUGCCGGCGAAACAGAAUUAAAAUCUGUCGUCAGCAACAGCAAUGGUAACGCCGGAAGUAAUAGCCGGCAUGCUAGCAAUGAUUUCUUGCCUUAAAAGUUAUAUUUCUAAAGAAAAUUCGAAAAAUUACCACAAAGGUGUAAAUUAAUUGCAAUUAUACCAGAUAAGAGUAUUAUUGCUGCCACAGGCACGGUUGCGGAUCAUAAUUAAAAACCAAAGAUGUAUUUCUAUGUAUAUUUUUAGAGGCUUCUUCUUAAUUUUUGUUAUUUUUUUAUUACUAGUUUUUGUUUUAGUCCUUUAAGUUGAUCUGAAGAGAUUGAUUAUUUGGGCGAUUUUUCUCUUGUUAACACCCUUCCCUACUUGAAGUAGUUAUUACCCUCUUUAAUUUGUUUUGUUUAAUCUUUUUUUUUUUCUUUUACAAAGGAAGUGUAUGUACUCUAUAAUCUAAUUGUAUAUAUAACUUUAUUAUUCAAUCA